AUUGAAUUGCUUGUAAAAAAAAGGAAACAAUGAACGAUUCCCGAUUAAGAAAAUUUUUAAUUUUUUUGGGGUGAGAAAGGAAUAGGCAUUCAGAAGUUUCAUUAUACGUUGGUAUGGACGCUCUGAGAGAGAAAUACUGCAAGUUGCUGCUUGUUUUUCAUAUCAUUUUUACUGUAUCAGUUGUUGGAAGAAGUCUUGAAUACCAUCCAAACGUAGCUAGACAAUAUAUGAUUUUAACCCCAGAGGAGUAUAGUGGACUCAGUGAUACAGAACAAGCUGGGUGUCAACAAGUUUCUGUGCCUGUUAUUACUCAGACAGUGUCCGCUGUUCAAGCUGUAUCUUCCUCUAACUACGAUCGGGUGAUUGAAGACCAGUACUUCUCCCAAGACAAGUUUCCUAGUCCCGUUCUGCGAUCCUGGGCAUAUACAAGUACUGCAACUUCUACGGUGGCCGCUGUCGCUGAAACAAAAAUUUCUACCUAUACUUCUGUGCAAUCUGCCUACUAUACUUCAACAACUUUUGCAACAAGCACUUCUAAGGCCGUGGAGACUUGUGUACCUUCUGUUAUUUACACUGUCAUUUCUACCGCAUAUCAGACAACUGUAGCCACUGAGACGACCACUGAAUCUCCAACAUUCACAGUGGCUGCGGUAGUCAGUACGGUGUCUCCUACAUUCACGGUGGCAGCAGUUUAUACUGCAAUAUACAGUACUAUGUAUGAGUGUCAAAUUCCCACCAGUGUUUCUUCGGCUCAGCAACAAGUUUCUAGUUAUGGGGUCUCAAGCACCAGUCAAGCAGUUUCCAGUGUCUCUGCAGCACAGUCUUCAUCCUAUGGUUCUUCGUCGUCCUCAGUAGGCGCUCAAGAGGGAAGUGGCAGCGGGUCUUCUGUCUCAAGCCUGAGUCCUAGAGCUUCAAGUACCAGCCCAGUAACUCUCUCAGUGAAGAAGAAUUCAAGCGACGCUCCUUCUGCAACUGACGCUCCUCAGCCUACAACAGGUGCUUCCGUCUCAAGCAAGUCCAACAAUUCUUCAAAAGUUUCAGCUACUCCUACUCCAAGGCCAACAGCUACUCCUACUCCAAGGCCUACAGCUACUCCAUCACCCACGCCGUCGCCUACCAAGAAGUCUACUAGUUCAAAGGAUACUUCCUCCUCAGCACAGCCUACUUCGUUUUCUCUUUGUGCCAAAGAGAAGUAUGCGUUUUGCAGGUUCGCAGAAGCUAUAGGUAUUCACCUAAACUAGUUUCACAUUAGUCGAAAUCCUAUGUUUUGUUAAAGAAACUUUGAUUUGCAAACUUUGU